UCCAUCACGAGGUUACAGAGUUUGAAGAUGUACAGAUACAAUCCCCAAGAUGGCAAAUCACCCCACCUCCAAGAGUACAAGGUUGACACCAGCAACUGCGUUAUGAUGCUUGAUGUUUUGUUUGAGAUCAAGAACAAGCAUGAUUCGAGUAUCACGUUUAGGCGUUCUUGUCGCGAAGGUGUAUGUGGCUCUUGCGCCAUGAACAUCAAUGGUAAGAACUGCCUGGCAUGCUUAACAAAAGUUGACAGGGAUGAGGAUGGUAUUGCUUCUACUGUGGUGUUGCCUCUGCCACAUAUGUUUGUGAUUAAGGACCUGGUGGUGGACAUGACUUAUUUUUAUCAGCAAUACAAGAGCAUUGAGCCAUGGUUGAAGACCAAAAAGCAAAAAGAAGAUGGCCAAAAAGAGUUCUUGCAAACCAAAGAGGAGAGAGCAAAACUGGACGGGAUGUGGGAGUGUAUCCUAUGUGCUUGUUGUAAUACUUCUUGCCCUAGCUACUGGUGGAACACACCUACAUUCCCUGGUCCAGCAAUUCUGCUCCAAGCAUAUAAAAUGAUUGCUGAUAGCCGCGAUGACUUUACCAAAGAGCGUGUGGAGGCCCUCCGUGGAGAGAUGAAGAUUGGAAGAUGCCACACUAUUCGCAAUUGCUCUAAUGCUUGUCCAAAGGGACUGAAUCCCGCUGAAAAGAUCCUACAGAUCAAAGGGAUGCUUGGGUAA